AUGGAGCUUGAAUUAAAUGUAACUUAUAUAACUCUUGAUGGUUUUGUGCAAGUGUACAAAUACAGAUAUCUUUAUUUUGUGAUCAUGUUUACUGUAUAUAUUCUAAUUCUCUGCUGUAAUUCCACCAUUGUAUUCCUCAUCGUGGUUAAGAAAAGCCUUCAUGAGCCUAUGUACAUUUUCAUUGCAGCUUUAUUAUUAAACUCUGUUAUGUUGAGCACUGUUAUUUACCCAAAGCUUUUGAUCGACUUUUUAUCUGAAAGACCGAUCAUGUCAUAUUCUGCUUGUCUCUUUCAGUUUUCUCUGUAUUACUCUCUGGGUGGGUCAGAAUUUUUACUGUUGUUAGCCAUGGCCUAUGAUAGAUAUGUGUCUAUAUGCAAACCUUUGCAGUAUCCAGUUAUCAUGAGACAAACCACUAUUAGUAUUUUGUUGGCAUUAGCUUGGAUUGUGCCCUCUUCUCAGGUUGCAGUGAUAGCUACAUUAAUGUCCCAAAAAGAAAUCUGUAGCUUUACUUUUGAUGGACUUUUUUGCACUAACACAAUUUACAAACUUCUGUGUGAGCAAUUGGAAUCAAUAAUUGUACAUGAUAUGGUUAUAAUGUUUAAUGUUGCAAUUCUCCCUGUGACUUUCAUAUUUUUUACAUACGCCAGGAUACUUGUAAUAUCCUAUCGAAGUUGUAAAGAAGUCAGGAGAAAAGCUGCACAGACCUGUUUACCCCACUUGAUAGUUCUGAUCAGCUAUUCGUGUUUGUGUGCGUGUGAUGUCAUAUCAGGCCUGGAGUCUAAUGUUCCAAAAACUGUGCGUUUAAUAAUGACUUUACAAAUAGUGACAUAUAAUCCCCUUUUUAAUCCAAUCAUAUAUGGACUAAAAAUGAAAGAAAUUUUUAAACACCUCAAGAGAUUGUUCUGCACUGUAAAAAUGAACUAA